GUCAUAUGAUCGGCUGCUAGAGGACACCGAGAUGGAGGGGAAGGUAGUCACUGUUAUAUUACUUUCUUCAAUAAUUUGUGGUGUAUAUGCCAAAGAACAUGUACCUGUGCUGAUAUGGAACACACAACAGUCCCAGGAGGGUCUUCCAGCUGUGUCAGCACUGCAGUUCAUGAACUAUGGUACUUUCCAAGCUAAAUACCUGGAGCCCUUUAAGCCAAAGAACAUUCUCCUCUUUCUGCAAGAUGCUCUGAGUGUGGAAGACCUUUCAAGCCAUGCCUCUGAACUGCACCAUGUCAGCCAGUGGAUGGAAAGCAGCCACUCACUCUACUUGCCUAAUGUUGAAGAAGCUGCUCACCUGGCCCAUGACCUACCCUCACAUGGGUAUAAUGUAGUGGUUCUGGAACCUGGUGUUCCAUCUGCUGGACUGAACCUGAAACAACAAGACAAAAAUCUUGUGGUUGUAAAGCUGCCCUCCACUCUCACAAACCCAAGUAGACGUAGAGCCAUCCAGAAAGCUGAUGAAGUAAUGGAAAAUGUUAUCUCAAAGAUUGGGGCACAGAGGGAGUUUACAGUUAUCUUCACUGGCCUGAAACCAUCUGUAGAGGAGCACAGUGAACAGUAUGAGGAGAGGAUUCGUGUGGCUCGUUCACUCCAGGCCGUCUCUGCAGGGUUGCCAGGCUACUAUAAUACCUCUUGUGUUCUGCUCUACCUUCACAACAACACUGUAGUCACCCUUACACACCAAAAUAGUACUGACAGUGAGGUACUUGUUGUGGAUGAAGGCCAAAGCAUGGGUGAAGCCAUUGGGCAUUGUCCGGGAACUGCGGAUGAUAAAACGGCCAAUAUUUUGAUCAAAUACCAGAAUGUAGAAAGUAAUAAAAAUCAUACCUAUGGAAAGGUCAAAUUUCAGUUAAAUUUUGAGAUGGCAAAUAAGGGGUGGACACUAACUGGUGUUAAUGGCUCCUUUGACACUACAGAGAUAUAUUUCAAGCCCAUCUCUUCAGAAAUCAGUGGCAUUCCAAUAUUCAUGUCAUAUGCUUGCACACAGAAAGUGACCUUUACAGCUGCUGUCAAUAAUAACACUGGCUCAAGUAAUGGUUUAGUGAAGCUGGUACUGGGUGGUGUACAGAUGCAUCCAUUUACUGUAAAGGGUAAGUUUGGUGGAGCCUGGGACUGUGUUGGCUUCUUCACUGUUUCCAUCUGGAUUAGUCUGCUGGCAACUCUGCUGAUGGUUACCAUUCUUAGUGUUGGAAUGUAUAUGCUUAGUGAUAUCAAGACCAUGGACCGUUUUGAUGACCCUAAGGGACAGCCCAUUAUGGUACCAAACACUGAUUAAAAUGAAGCUUGAUACUGAUCUAAGAAGUUGCUGCAUCAGAUAAAGAUUGUUAAACCAUGAACGUGAUAUAUUCUGAGGUUGUAGGGACAUUGGCUUCAUAUGCCUUUAUAACAUGAAGUAUGGCAUUUUUCUAAUAGCCAGUAGUGCGUAAAUUUUUUAUUUAGUUCAGUGAAUGGUUGAAAACUUAACAUAUGGAGACAUUUCAUAUUUAUCAGUCACCUAAUAGCAUAAAAAUGUAUGUAAAUAUUUUGAGUAAUAUGAAUACAAAAAUAUGGAAAAUUUAUUGUGAUGUUAAUGUACUUGAAACAUUUUCUUAGUCAAAAGUGUCACUCUGCUUCACUAUAGAUGGUGUCAGAUAUAUAUAUAUAUAUAUAUAUAUAUAUAUAUAUAUAUAUAUAUAUAUAUAUAUAUAUAUAUAUAUAUAUAUAUAUAUAUAUAUAUAUAUAUAUAUAUAUAUAUAUAUAUAUAUAUAUACAAUAGUUUCCUUUUAAGUAUUACUGUUUAUUGUUGAUAUGGAAUAUAUAUAGUUAUAUCUAAAAUACCUUUAAAGUCCAAGAGAUAUUAUGGAUAUCUAGUGACCUACAGUACAUGCUUGUGAAAAAUAUUAAAACAAUUUCACAAGAUGUUUAGUGCAUUUACAUAAAAUGUAAUAAUGAAAAUUUGCAGGAUGUUGGUGUAAACUGGGGUCACUUAUAUGGGUAGAUUAAGUCCAGAAGUAAAUGUUGGCAGUAUUUUUUCUUCGAGUGAUGAAAUUUAGUAACUUUAUCAUCUAUAAAAUUUGAAGGAGCUAAUCCCUUUGCCGAGGAGAUUGGUAAAAGGAAUAUGGUAAGCAUGAGUGUUAAUUGUGGAUAUUCAAGAUCAUACUGUAUAAGUUUAAGAGCCCACAUAUUUAGCUGAAGGUAAUGAGUAAACAUAUGUGAUUAUCUUCUGUAUUAUACUAUUUAUUUCUUCAAAAUUUCUACCCAAGCAUUUCAUUGUCAUAAGGUAAAUGAAAGAUACUUGCACUUUGGGGCUGAAAUCAUCGCACAAUAUCUAUAGAUCGCAAGUAAAGUAUAUAGUUAUAUACCCAGAAACAAUGAUCGAUUAAAUGUGUGGAUGUAAUAGUUUAUAGGUAAGUCCUGUAAUUCUUAAAAGGAUGUAUAAUUCUUAACCUUUUCCUGCAUGUUGUCUUUGCCCAGUACAGUAUGUCUAUUUAACUUAAACAAUGCAAAAUAUUUAAGUCAUUGUAAAUAGAGCAGUCUGAAAUACUACUAAUGAUAUUGUGGAAGUGUUGUGGAUGAUAUUAAAGAGUAAAUUCCAUAGUUUAUGAGUGUCAAACUUAAGUAAGAAUUAUAGAACAUUCCAGGUGCUCAUAAGUUGUGGUUAUUGUCAGCAUUAAUUAUUCUGGUAUGUAUCAUAAUUUAUGUAUUAUAUGUACAGUUGUGUUUCAGUAAAGGUGUUGUGGAGAA